AUGCCUCUCGAAGAAUUCAACGAGCUCUACAAGAAGGUCCCAGACGGUCACGAGCAAGGCGCUGUAAUUAGAACUAGGAUACAGAAGUAUAUUAAGGGCUCUCACCUCCCUUUCCUGUCCUGGGAGAAGGCAGAGAAGCGAGGCUUCAGUGAUCUGGACGAUGGCGAGUGCGAAAGGACACGGAAACGUACUGCCACCUCUGAAUUGCUCCUUGGUCAAGAUUUUGGCGUAUCCUGGGAUAUCAUCGAUUGCGCCCCUGAGUUCGACCUGCACGAAUCACUCUACGGUGCUGCAAGCGACGACCAUUCCUACCAGCCGGCCUGA